AUGGAAUCGAUCCGAAAGUGGUUAUAUAAACCUAAGAGAGAUGACAAAUCUCUGCUAGCCCAAUUCUUCUACGCCGACGAGGACUUGAACAUGGUGGCCAACGAGCUGGACAGUUUCGACGGCAGAAAGGACCCCGAGCGGUGCACCUCCUUGGUUAACCAGCUGCGCCAGGCCCAGGACAAGGUGCUGACCAUCACCAAUGCCGUCAUGGACGCGUUGAUCUGCGACGAGAGGGCCGACAGGGACUUCAGGGUCAAGUUUCCCGAGGAUGUGCUGCAGGAUAACCUGGCAGGGCAGCUGUGGUUCGGAGCAGAGUGCCUUGCUGCCGGUUCGUCUAUAAUGAACAGAGAAGCAGAAAGCACAGCCAUGCGCCCUUUAGCCAAAGCCGUCACCAAGAGCCUGGAAAACGUGAGGAACCUCCUCAGAGACGCCUGUCUCCGAAAAAACACCCCAAACGGCCCCAUCAAGCUCGACUCCAACGAACUGGUCACCGAAAUGCUGCUGGAAAGCCUCAAAAUAUUCGACAGGCUCUUCGCCGAAUUCGAACUGGCCUACGUGAGCGCUAUGGUGCCUGUAAAAACCACCCAAGAAUACGAGCUCCAGGAGCUCAUCGGCGUUCUGUUCUCGGAAACCCUGCGCAGAGCCUUAAAAAUGAAGCUGCUCACGCAGGAAAUGGUGGAUGAUUGCGAUCCGGCGCUUAUGUUCACCAUCCCCAGGCUUGCCAUCGUCAGCGGACUUUUAGUUUUCCCUAAUGGCCCUUUGUACAUCGACAAACCUUAUGAGGAAAUGAGCGAGAUGUUCAGACCGUUCAGGACAUUGCUGCACAAAAUUCGCGAACUCUUGUGGACGUUGAACAAAAGAGAGUUGUAUAUGUUGGAAAAAUUGUUGUGUGAUAAUGAGGAAAUUAGUGAUUUGAAGUCGGUGAGCGAUGUGGGCGUACAGUUUGACUCUGACGAGUUUAUUAACCAGUUUUACGGUGACUAUUCGCUUUGUCAAGAUGCUGUUUCGGAUUUUCUCGUGCCCGAACGGGAACCUUGCAAAAGGGAAAGUGUUCGCGAGUUUUUACUAACGAACUUUGAUUUGGACACGCCUUCUACGUCUGGAUCGCUGAUUCCUACUAGCAUUCUUCACAGUACCAUUAUAGCGGCCAAUUCGGGUUCCAAUUACCAUGAUUCCCCGCCGGAUCAUGAUUCUAUGGAGGUGAUUUCCGUCGCUGCUGCUACGCUUUCCUCUAUUCUCGCUCAGCCCAAGACAAAACAUAAGACCGGCGAACCCGAAUCGCCCGACGAUUCCGGCAUCUGCACGGAAACGACGAGCCUCGAUCGCUCGCCCAGCCUUGACGAACCUUCCAGCUGCGGCUGCGCGUCGAAGAAACCCCACGCGCCGCCCGGCCUGACCUUGAGGAAGGCAGCGCAGCGGCGGUCAGGUUUUGCCGCCAGCGCCACCCCCUUCGUUCCCGGAAAAACCGAAAAUGCGUUUUCUUCGAGGCGAAACGACGAGGAAGGGAAGGGGUGUCCCGAGAGGAGGAAAGAGGAGGAUGAGGAGGAGGAGGGGGAGGGGAGUUCGAGCAGCUCGGAGACUUCGUCGUUUCACAGCAACUGCGCCGAUGACGAAGAGAUCGCGAUGGCGAUGCGGGCUGCCGAGCUGGUGAACCGGAACGAUGUCAGAGCCAAGUAUACAUCCGGCGAAGACCUGCUGCACCGCCUGUUCGUCUGCAUAGCCGGCGUCGCCGACCAACUCCAGACGAACUUCGCCUGCGACCUGCGCAACAUCCUAAAAUCGGUCUUCCUCAUCAACGCCACCUCCGACCUCGCCGCCAAGUCCUUGGACACGGCCAACUCGAUCGAGUUCCCGCACGACGUCAUCGAGAGCUUGAGCACCUCGAUCGAGUUCCAUCCGGCCGCUGGUGACGUCAUCGAGAACGAUGAGUUCUCGGUGGAUCCGAACAUUUUGGCGCAGGAGGCGGUGUUCGAUACGAAUGUUUAUUUCCAUUUGGACGGGGAGGAGUGCCGGGAGGGGUAUUCGAACCAUCCGCGACAGGCGCAGGAGGACGGAGACAGUAUCAGCAAUCUAUCGACGGAGCUCAACAGGUACGCGUCCUUGCGCGAGGACAUCGCCAACCUGCAAUCCACCUACGUGGCGCAAACCGAAACGCCGGCCGCCGACCCCUACGAGACCCCCGACUACUCCCGACCUCCCAUCUGGAUCCCCGACGUGGAGGCGCCCAAGUGCAUGAGCUGCGGCGCCAACUUCACGGUGGUCAAGCGGCGCCACCACUGCCGCAACUGCGGAAAAGUGUUCUGCGCGCGCUGCUCGUCCAAUAGCGUGCCGCUGCCCAAGUUCGGGCACGCGAAACCUGUUAGAGUGUGCAACAAGUGUUUCAUAUACAAUUUGACGCCGUUCACUAUGUGA